AUGGCUUCCACUAACCGCCUGGACUUUCUACAUCAGCUGUACAAUCAUGUGGCACUGCCUCGCGACGUCCCAGGCAAGGAAGAUGGGAACCUCCAUCACAUCGACGCCGCCUUCUCACUGCAAGCAUCCCAAACACUCAAUGUCAGCGGUACUGUCAGCAAGUCUAUAUUGAUGAAGCAAUUUCGUACUCUGGACCGACACAAGAUGCUUGUACUUCACCUCAACCCUCAGAACUGUGGUCUGCUCAUAUACUACCAAUUCAGCUCUGUGGGUGAGACUUCUGUCGUUUUUGAGGCCUUCGAGACGUCUGCAACUGCCGACAAGGUGCUUGCAGCAAAGAGUGCCCUGCAAUGGGAUUUUCCUGGAUCAGCAGUCUCUAUCUCUGAAUUGACUUUCAACGAUCUUUCCUUCCAAGAUGCUCUCGCAACCUUUCUCGAGCAGGCGAGCACCGAAUAUGUCACAAAGUUUGCUGCCGUCACCUGGAAGGCAGCUGCUAAACUGGUUGAGAUCCGAGACACAAGUGACCCUGCAAUCAUAUCUGGCCUGUUGAUGGCUAUAUUGGAGGCCAAUGGCACUACAAUCAACGUACCCCAACUGCGAAAACGAGUACGUGACACCGUUACCUUUGAAAACGCUCGAAAGCCUUGGAGACGAUCUGCUUUCUACCUGGUCUUAAGAGUAGCAACCCAGAGGUAUCUGUAUCAUCAUCUGGGUGCCCAAGAGGGUAGGAAAAUGUACAAGACUAUUAUGUGCGUACUUCAUGCACAACUCCUAGAGAAUGCAUUGAGGAGAAUACCGCUUGAGGCAGCCUUCUUCUUGCGCCAGAAGCUAGGGCGGCGCCUUGCCAAGUUGAGUUCCGACCUGCACAGCUCGAACAACCCUUCGAUUUGUACGCAGCCCUUUGGCGGGAUGCCAUUAGAACGAGAUUUCGAGAAGACGCUAGGAACAACAGGCGCAUACCUGAAGCAGGUUUGGCGAACCUACCAAAGGUCUCGGGAACGACAAGUUCCAGAAUUGCGCCGAUAUGUCAACAACAAUGAACUUCGACUUAACCUAACCAGCAGCGGCAAGAUCUUGAGAAAUACUUUAGUUGAGUAUCUCUCAUUCCCGAGACGUCAGGAGCCAACUGCUGCCAGCCUCCUGGAUACUUACCAGCAGUCUGUGACCUCUGCCAAACCAUACAUGGAAGCUGUAUCCGGCCACAUCUCUUCAUCAAAGUAUCAUGAAGACGUCGUACUACCGGCCAAGUGCUUGAUACAAUAUAAAAGCCCCCGUAUCAUUGAACUAAGCGGCAUAAUACGUGAGUAUGUUCGCAUCAUUUGCACAGGAGAUCAGACGUACACAUACCAAAAGAGUCAACAGUUGCUCUGCCUCAUGGAAUUGUGGGUUCUCAUGGACAAGGCUGCUGUUGCAGGCUACCAACUACUUCUGGAUUACCACCCCGGCUUUGAGUCCGAUAUACUUGAUCCUAUCGAGCUGUUGACGCUUGAGGAGAUGACUAGAGUUCAAGAAGUGCGGCGGUAUUUGUCAACCCGAUGCCGCUCUCACACAGUGACGCAAAGCAAUACCAUUUUCGAUGAUCCUGACGACGACUGCUUCGCUGUCCGGUUCUACGACAAUGAGGGUCUUGAGGGUGAGCUUUCAGCCAUGCGCAAGGAGAUUGAGGAUGCAGCCGAACAGGCAUGCAUCAAGAAAGAAACUGAAUGGGAGGAGAAGAGUACAGAGUACAAAAAGAAAACUCUCAAAUUGAACGAAAAGGAGUGCAUAUAUGAUCCCGUCAUAGACCGGGAUCUUCGCGUGGCUAGACCAUACCAUAGAGAACCCUGCGAGUGGCACAAGCUUCACCGUGAGUUGAAGAACAUGAGGAUCCAGAUCUUCGAACACCCUCUUCCAAGCUACGAACCGGCUGCAAAAGCAACACUUUUUGAGCUCCAAUGCCCAGAAGAGUUUGCGGCAUACCGUGAUGCUACUUGGCUCAUUCUCUCGAGCUUGUGUCACAAACCAGUCGAACACCUAGACCGCAUAUCGCUUAUUCGCAACUACUCACAACUUCGGCCCUACGCAAACAACACCCAUUGUCAGGUAACCUUGGGGUCUUACAAAAAAGCCCACCUAGAAUCUCACUAUGCAAAUUGGGCCUUCCCGAUUGCGCUACAAGAGAUUAUUCGCACUUGCGGCUUGAAGCCUCGAUACUACGAUAGUGAUGGUACCUGCUGGACCGAUAGGCUAACAAAGGCUUCAUUUUGGCAUCACUUUCCUGUAAAGUUUCCACUGAAUUCGCCAUUCUCUACUCUCGGAUUAGACUACGCUGCAUGGCCAACGUCGAACCAAAUUCAAGCAAGCCAAGCCAAGUGCCCGCAAGGACUAGGUAUUCAUGAGUUUACCGCUUUUCAAGAUCUUCUGGUCGGUACUCAUGCACGAUGGAUCAAUCUUCUUCGAGAGUUGGGUUCAAGCAACAUCAAUUUCUCGUCCGAGUCAACUUGGGUAAUUGUGUCACGUCUAGUGCUUCAGCAAGGGCCGAGCUGUAACCAGACAUCUGAGUACACAGAUAUCCACAGCUCACUAGCAGACAACGAUCUCUCUACUGCAUUGUUGACGCAGAUUGACUACCGCCUACAAGGCAUUCGGCGCAACUGGAGGGAACCCAUACAAAUGGAAAUCUUGAUCACGAUAUUGCUUAAGGUUGUAUCGCUGACUAGAGAUUCGAAAACUCUGAGUCGUGCUAUGGAACUUCUCCAUCAAGCUCGUACGACAACUGAUGGCUGGCGGACAGAGCUUCAAGCGAUCGUCGCGGAUGACCCGAACGUCUUACAAUGGGUCAUAUGGGCUUCACUCUUGUGCAAGCGAACAUUUCACACAGAAGGUCAACUGCUAGGUGUACCGGAGCACCUUCAGACAUACCUGGAUGCGUCAAUUUCCCUUCAUUACAACCUUUCAGUAGAAAUUGGUAGCAUGCCUUGCAGCCUGCAAAACGCCAUUACCCGGGAUGUCUUAUUCGCUUACGAAAACCGCGAUCUUAUAAGGACAACUCUGCUGGCGCAUCCUGAGACAUUCAUAGCUUCACUAAAAGCCGUAUGGCAUGUCCCCGGAAGCUUUGAAUGUACCAAGUUAGCAUUGGAGACCAUUUCUGAUACCUGGUGGAUGUCGCUUACGCUAAGGCCCGGUACCGAGCAGUAUUCCACCUUUGUGCAUUUCAACUACAUCUAUGGUACACUUCUCAUAAAUGGGAAAGAGAUGGGCACAUUGCCGUUAUCGUAUCGCACCCAUUCAACAUUCCAGCAUAUGUUCGGUACAAAAAACCCGAUUGUUUACCCCUCCCCUCUGAGGGGCAUGGAUUUUGCGUUAUGUGAGAUGAUGCCAAAGAAGCACAGGAUUCAUCUAGGCUAUCGCGGUGGCCAAGUCAUUGUCCGUGCUGAUGUUGAUGGCCACUUGCUUGAGUUCAUCCCCCACGGGAUUUUCAGGCCUGAUCUUCCCCUGCCUCUGGUAGAGGGCUGCUACCAUUGGCUCCACAUUGAUACUGGUGAAGUCGAAAUCCGCCAGAAAGAUAAGUGGACUUCUAAGAGAAAGAACUGGUGGCUACGACGACUAUAUCAAGACGGGUCAUAUCGUGCUGUACGACAGUUUCAGGAGCCCGAAGAGGUCAUACUCCUUGAGCCAAGAAGUCCCCUCGUCCAUGAUAUCGCCCAAAUAUUCAGUCAUUUCGAGACUCCUUCCCAGAUGCUGGUAUGGUUGGCGCAAGAUGGCAAAGUGAAUGUAGAACUGAAGCGCAUGGAACUCAGUUUCUUCAUCAAUUUCAAAGGCCAACUACAAUCACGGCGACUUGGUGCUAUCAUUUGGCAUAAGCAAGAUUGUGGGACCUGGUAUGGUCUACGCAACAAGAUCAUGAUACAGUCUAUCUCCAAUCAGCGCCAUACAAGCAUCCUGGUCCCUUUGGGAAAUUUCAAAGUUUUCAGAGAUGGACCACAUGUUUGCGUCGACAUCGAAAUGGGUAGCGGCGAGUAUCUCAAAUACUCGAUAAAUGACACACUGGGUCGUAUCGAUUGUGCGCCUGAGCCACGGUUGUUGUACACUAAGGCUUUGUUACAUGCUUAUACAUCGCAUGUGAUAGCCGAUCCGCUUACAGGGCGAACAGGGACUGAAGAGGCACUCCACCUACUUCAUUCGGCGGCCUACCAACCCUGGAACCCAUUACCAACCCACAUAAUAGAUUUGCUAAACCGUAUUUCAGACCUCUCACCUAAGCGCGGGUAUUAUCCGCCAGAAGAUAAAUGCAUGGAAACGGUGCGCUGGAACGCUGACUGCACCACUUAUAUGCAAGACGAUGGCUUUGUUACCGUCAUUGCGCGGAUCUUGCGAAAGUCGUCCGAUCUGUCCCAUUUCUUUUUUGAUCGGGAAGUCCAAGAACGACCUGAGUUACCCACACAGGUCUCACAUCUUGCUGCACGUGCGCUUGCAAGGUCCGCUACCCCGAAGAGGAAGACUGCCAGCUACCAGGAAGAUGUCUACUGCACACGCGACACCCGUACAUCUUCACAAGGGUUCCUGAAUGUACUGGAGAUAUCAAAACUUCUUUUAUCCUGGCAGCCAUCUUGCGCUAUGGAUACUUCACUAGUUGCGCUUCUGCAUGAUGCUCCAGUAGUGGGUGGCUACGACAAACUCUACCGAAAAUGUUUGCUCAGCGAUCACUUUGCCGUCGAUCUCCGAGCCGAAUGGGGUGCACUCGCACAGAAGGCUCUGCAGUGCAACUGGGAUGAUAAAUUCAGUCUGAUGUUUCUCUUCAGUGUACUAGCAUUUUCGCCAGAUGCAAAUCUGAGCUUACUCCGUGUCUUGGUUUCCUUUGCCAUGCUGCCAGAGAUACGUGCUAUACCAGCGCCGAAGUACCCUGCGUAUUUCCAUUUCCGUGCAGAUGGAGCACCCCCGACGUCAUACUUUGUAUCUCUGAUGGCCAAAGCACGAAUUGCUUUCUCAGAAACCGGAUUCAAAAAGCGCUCGCAGCUCGUCAAAGCCCAAAGCUUACACGAACCAAGUGUGGAUAAAGCAUGUGAGCUGCUGGCUACCUCAAUAUCUGCGCAAUGGCCUAGUUUUAGGAUUGAUCCAAAGAGAUUACCUAUAAUCAAUUCAGAGUACUUGGAUGUUGGACGUGCCUUAGCCGACAUCAGUCCGGAAUGGACUCGUCUUACACAGAAUCAUGAGCUGUGUACGUAUCUAGAGCAGGUUCAAAAGGUUCUUUCACGAGCAAGUCUCCAACAUGGUCAAUUCUUGCCACCUGUUGUCACAGAAAGCGAACUAUCACCUGCUGCGAUCUAUCCUCAAAGAUCAAGAGCCAAUGACGAUCUGACACUUCGACAUCUGCUUAAAUUCAACAUUCCCAGCAACACUGUGGCUAUGACAACAACCUUUCCUGUAAUAGAGUCAUACGCCAGGGCUCUGAAUGUCAGAUCCGGUAACAUAGUCCAUAGUCCGGGAAAUCAUUACCGCCACAUGAACAAUUUCAGAGAGCAGAAAAUGCCGCAUGCUCACAGUGUCGCUCCCCAGUCGAAAGAAAUCAGCAUGCUUCGAGAAAUAGUCGCUAGGUUCAAAGAUCCCGAGUCUUUCGUCCAAUGUAGGUACGCAAAGGAGCUCGAGGCCAGCAUUAACGCUCUUCAAAAGCGUAUAAUGAAUAAGAAAGACGUGCUAUCUCAGCAAUACCAUCAAAUCAGAGCAGAUGAGAUAAUGUCAGCAAAAAGAUCUGCAUCUGCAGCGGCUGAACAUAUCAGACGUACACUUCGCCACAGCGACCCACAAGCAAAGUGGCUUCAGAUGGUCGAUCUCUGGCCAAGUAUGACAUUCAUCAAUCUACUUGGUGAACUCCGAGAGUCUUCAAAGACUGAAUUUGGGAAAGGCUCGAAAGAGGCGCUAGUCGCUUUUGGCCUUGCCAUGACCAAAUUGCAACGUCUCCUUCGCAUUGCAGAUGCCCAAAAGAGACACAAAGAUCAACAGGUGCAAGAUGAGUGGGGGAAUGAGGGCCAUACUAACUGGGAUCCACUGAAUCAUCCUGAUUGGUUAUUGUUGGAGAUUGAUGGUGAUGUUCUCCUUCGAGAAGAGCAGGUAGAUGUAGCAUUAGCGACCGUUUCACCGCCGUCAGGCCGGAAUUCUGUUCUGCAACUUCUCAUGGGCAAGGGAAAGACCUCUUGCAUCCUCCCUAUGGCGGCCGCACUUCUUGCCAACGGAACAGACCUAGCCCGCGUCGUGGUACCAAGAGCGCUCUUACUACAAUCUGCGCAGGCUAUGCAGGUAAAACUUGGGGGCUUGGUCAAUCGCGAAUUGAUACAUGUACCCUUUUCUCGAAGAACGCCCCCAAAGGAGUCCUUGAUACAUCUCUAUGGAAAGCUGCACACUAAGCUACGAGAUCGCCGUGGUAUCAUUCUUGCAUUGCCUGAGCACAUACUAUCAUUCAAACUGAGCGGUCUACAGCAGCUUUGUGAUGCAAAUCUCGAAGCAGCAUCUAAAAUGAUGGACACCCAGCGUUGGCUAGAUCAGCAUGCCCGGGACGUCCUGGACGAGUGUGAUGUGUCCUUGGCGAUACGAACCCAGCUCAUCUAUCCUUCUGGCACCCAGAUGACUGUCGAUGGCCAUCCGAUGCGCUGGCAAAUCAUUCAGGCUGUCCUCCAACUAGUCAAGGACUUUUCGACAACAGUCCAAUCACGCUAUCCCCACAGCAUUGAAAUCGUCAAGCGUGGUUUCGAUGGAUUUCCCCUCCUGUACUUUCUGCGCCAAAAUGCUGAAGAGUACCUACUCUGUCUUCUCGUCACGAUAAUCUGCAAAGGCCAGACACCUUCAAUUCUGCCAUGCGCUGAAUAUCCUCUUGACAUGCGACAAGACAUUGAGGCCUACAUUUCUGUUCCUACUGUCCGCAGUCAUAUAGUGUCCAGGAUUUCUAAUCAGUUUCAAGACAAGCCAAAGUUGAUGCGAACCAUCAAUCUACUUCGUGGACUAUUUGUUCAUCGCAUACUGCUCACCACCCUGAAGAAACGUUGGAAUGUACAAUAUGGACUGCAUCCAGUACGUGCGCCGAUAGCAGUACCAUACUUGGCGAAAGGCGUACCAUCUCCCACCGCCGAAUGGGGUCAUCCGGAUGUUGCCAUCACUCUGACAUGCUUGUCCUUCUACUACCAGGGACUGAAUAUCUCUCAAUUCAAAGAAUCUUUUGAACAUCUAGCCAAGACCGAUGAGCCUAGCAUACAAUACGAAAAAUGGUUUCCAGAGGGAUGCUAUAUACCAAGGGAACUGGAAGAUUAUGCUGCCAUCAACGCUGAAGAUGUACGACAGUUGAGCGAGCUAUAUCAGGUGGUCCGAUACAGCGCGUGCUUGAUCGACUUUUACCUGAACAACUUUGUAUUUCCGAAGUAUGCAAAGACCUUCAAGCUGAAGCUACAAGCUUCCGGUUGGAAUCUUUUCCCAUCUGUCGCCACAAGGAAGAUGCAGGCUGAAGCUCGUGUUACUGGAUUCUCGGGCACCAACGAUUCUCGACAUCAACUGCCCCUUUUGAUUCAGCAACAAGACAUGGCAAAGCUGGAACACACCAAUGCAGAAGUACCUUAUUAUCUCCUAGCUUCUCGCAAUCAGUCAUAUGUCCGUAUGGCAUCUCCAAAUGGUGCUCGCUGGACUGAGUUGGAUUUGCUGAGGAACCUUGCAACCCCCGCUCCUUAUGCUCACUCCAACAGAAAUCAUGGGGUGUUUUAUGGCGCGAACAACCAAUUCGGGUUCCAGCAGCAACGACCAAUUCGAAUCCUUCUUGAUGCCGGUGCCCAGGUGUUAGAGCAUUCAAACAAAGCCUUUGCUAGAGCUUGGCUGGAUGCAGACUACGAAGCAGCAGCAGCCGUCUAUUUCGAUGAUGACCAUCGUGUGUGGGUGCUGUACCGCACAAAUAAGACAAUCCCACUUGUGGCAUCUCCAUUCGCCGACAAUCUUGAUCGAUGCGUUGUAUAUUUGGACGAAAGCCAUUGUCGUGGGACUGACCUCAAAUUCCCGCCUGAUGCGCGAGCUGCGCUUACUCUUGGCCAACACUUAACCAAAGAUGCGCUCGUACAGGCAGCCAUGCGAUUGCGUCUACUCGGCCAAACCCAAUCAGUUACUUUCUACUCCCCCCCAGAAGUACAUCAAGGCAUACUGGACCGAUUGAAAGAGACUGGACAUGGCUAUCGCCCAACAUCUGGCGAUGUGCUUCAGUGGGUCUUUGGCCAGACAUGCGAUAUCAUGGAGCAAUCUGAACCCUCAUUCUUUGCUCAGACAUCACAGUACAUGCAACAAGAACAAGCAAGGUUGGAACAUCCUGACUACCUUAGGGACUCUGUUUCGCGAGAUGCGUUCCUUUCCAAAGUGCGCAUCAAGGAAACGCUCUCGUUGAAACAGCUUUAUCAGCCAAAAGCCCAGCGACAGAAUGGUUCUCCCAAGACAAGCAAAUGGCAUCCGGUAUUGGAAGGCAUUUCUACCGAGCUUCUGCGUCGAAAGAAGCAUUUCCAAGAUCGUGGAAGUGCUGUUCACGCAUCAGCCCUGGAAGAAGUAGAGAUUGAGCAGGAGCGUGAAGCAGAGCGUGAGAUCGAGUCAGAGGUGGAACAUGUGCGCGAAGUCCAACAAUCUCUGGCAUACGACGCAGCCAAAUUGAAGAAGCUUCAUGAAGACGUCAUGCAUUUUGCGAAGUUUGGACGUCUGGUUGCUGGAAGCGAUGCUUACCGGCCCAUGUUCUCGCAGCUGGCACGUACGGAACUAGGUCUCAAGCAUACGGUCAAUCCGUCUAUGAAGUCAGGUCUCUGGAUUUCGGCUCAAUUCAAUCGCACCAUUGAGACUUUUGAGCCGAACGACAAUUACAUUCGCUCUCCGCACUGGAUUCUUUGGAGCACAAUCAGCGAGCAAGCUCUCCUUGUCAGUCCGGAAGAAGCAGAUAAUUUGAUCCCGAUUUUACAGCAUCCCAGGUUACUGGAGGCCGAUAACAGGGUUCAUCUCAUUGUGUACGCUGCACCAGUCACGCGCCGGAUGCUUCACUUUAACCAACUGAACUACUACGCGACGCCUCCUCUGCCGACCGACUUCCACGCCCCUGUUUGGCUGAGAAUAGAGUUAGGCCUGUUCUCUGGGCGCUUGUAUCUCGAGUGGGACGAGUACCACAAGCUACUUGAGUACCUGGGGCUAUAUGACGACCUGUCCCAGCACCCUGAGAAACCCCCAUUUGCGACAAAGCCGCUUACCUUUCUUUACGAAUGGAUCACGCUCCGCCGCAAAGGCCAAGACUUUGAGCACACACCCAUGGGCUUCAUCACCACUGGCAAGCCGCUCACCGAGAAACAUCCCUUCUUCCGCGUACUCGCAAGUGAAGACAACCCCGAGCGUGUGCAGACGAUUGCGCGACAUGCACCGGGGUAUUCUGAAGAAGAGCAGGAUGACGAUGAGCAUGAUGAUCAGGGUGACGAGGAUUUUGUCCCUGCCGUUGAGCAUGUGGAUGAAUCGGAGGACGAGGAGGAGUUCGGGUCUAGUGGGGAUGAAGAAUUCCAGGAUGCUGAAGAUGCGGAGUAAAGGUUAUGCGUCUAAUGCGGUUUUGCUUGGACACAAUUUGUAGUGUAUUUUUGUAGAGCCGUUUUUAGGUAGCCUACAUGUCACGAUACUCUGAACAAGAAGGUCAACCCUCGGGGAUCCAUCGGAUACCCUUUAGGCCAGCGAAAGUCACAGUCACGUGCAUAGAGUAUAUAGUCUCAUCCGAACCUAAGGUAACUCCUUAAGGAUUCGUCUCAAUCCACUCUAACUGAUGUUUUGUGCCUAUCUGCGAAACACCUCACAACUAUUACGCGAUAGAGGCUAGCUUUACUUACUUAAUACUAGAUAUAUUAGUUAUUGCAUAAAUAUU